UAAAUUCUACGUAUAAGAAUACAUGAACAUAUGUACAAAAUAACAGGAAAAUCGGAGAUAGUUUUCUUACGAAUGUAUUUAAAAUAUAUCAAACCCAUGAUCACGUGAUAAGAGGCAGCCAUCAGAAGCCAUGACGUCGAAAUGUAUACAUUUCUAAAAACACCGUCAUGAUACUCGUUAACACGCGUUAUAUCUUAUAUACAGAAGAAAAUAUAAAUAAUUCAGACAGAGGAUACGUAUUUCCAGAAAAAAAAAGGUGAAAGAAGAAAAGAUAGUACAAUCCAAACGGAACAGGCAUUGAUAACGGAAGAAGAAACGAGCACUUGUGACUAUUCAUUUUGAUUCUCGCAUCUUGACACACUACUAUGCCGGUUUUGCCUGCAAAUUCAAAGCACUUAUCCCAUGCUCAUCCGACGAAUCCAUACAAGAAUGAUAUUGUGUUAAGUUAUCAUGACUACUUACUCAGAACAUCGGAUGUUGCAUUACUGGAGAGAAAUGACUGGCUUAAUGACAUUAUAAUAGGAUUCUAUUUCGAAUAUCUAAAUCAACAAUAUAGGAAGGAUAAUAAAAGCCAGUUAUUAUUUAUCGGCCCCGAAGUAGCUCAGUUAUUAAAGAUGCAGGAUUCUUCACAAUAUAAUAUAUUUCUGGAUCCUAUUGAAGCUACAAAUUAUGAUUUUAUAUUCUUUCCUCUUAAUGAUUGUGAUAGCAACGAGGCAGGUGGCUCGCAUUGGAGUUUAUUAGUAUAUUCUCGUAUUGAAAAAAUGUGUUAUCACUUCGAUUCGUCAAGCGGUAUUAAUGGCUUCUCCGCGAAAAAACUUGCACGGAAAGUGACAAAAUAUUUUCUUGAGAAACAAGAGAGAAAAUAUAUUGAAAUGGAUUGUCCACAACAAAAUAAUAACUACGAUUGCGGUUUAUAUGUUUUAUGUUUAGCAGAUAUAAUAUCUAGACACGCUAUAAAAAAUUCUAAAGUAAGCGAUUGUGAUUGUAGUAUCGUUCCAGAAAUGGUUUCGAAAAAACGUAGCAAUUUAUUAAAAUUAAUUUACGAUUUGAAAAGUACAUCUAAUAAUGCAUAG